AUGGCGUCUCCCCAGUCUCACCGACGCCUUGUGGCCUCCAUCAUAUAUCGCACCCUCUACUUUCUUCUCUAUGUCAUACUCCUCGGCCUGCUGAUAGCUACUCCCGUCGAUGCUAUCCAGCGCUCCUUCAGGAACCGCCAAGUCUACAACAUCUGGAUCCUCAUCGCCGCAUACGUCUUCACCAUCCUCGUCGUCACCUUUGUCUUCUUCACCCGCCUCUACAUCAAUAAGACCGAGUUGGACUCGAUACCGAAGGGAUGGGUUCCAAUAGAAAAGGGCGAUCUUCGCUCCGCCGUUUACAAAGUGGUUCACCUGGGUCUCGGCCGCAGCGCUUCGAUCGCAUUUGAAUCUCGACCCCGACUUCAAACCGACGACAUCCCUGACGACGAGACUGUCGAGACGAGGGUGAAGCUAGGAUUUGAUGGACCUUCAGGACCUGCAGAGGAGCUGGUGGUUACGAUUCCUCGUCGACGACCUGUCUGGGGAGAUAUUGAGCACUAUGGCUGGGCAUCACCAAACGCGCCCGACUUGCCCAACCUGGAAUACACAACCGUCUUCUCGGAGCUCCCCAAUCUCAUCGAAGGCAAGGCGCUGACCUUGGCCCCUCCCGACCCGACAUCUCAGGCGAACCCACCCUUACUCGAUGCAGAUGCUGUUGCGCUCCUGCAGCGGACAGCCAACAUGAGCCUACGCGACUACAUGGUGCAUCUUGCGGAACUAGGGGUACUCGAGAUGGACGCAAACACUACCAAAUUUCUCACACAUUACGAAUACGCACGCUUCUCUACCAGACCCAUUUCCAAUGCUCAGUUUAAGGAGCUCAUGCACCUCUUUGCCGAGAUCUUGCGUGGGAUGGAGCCUUUUGACCCGGAUAUUCUCGACGGCGGCCAAGAGGAGGAUGAGGACACUUCGUCUCCGUCUAGUGCCGGCGGUGAUGAUAUGGCUUCGGAUCCUGGCACCCCUCGCAGCAACUUGACUCUUUCAGAGGUAGCAAGCAUUAGCAGCUCAACCCGACGAGCCAGACGACAACCAUCCACGAAUACUUGGAACGUCUACCGCACCGCCCCCAACAGCAUGAGGAGCGGAAUCUCAGGGCCAGGACCUAUAUCUCGAAAGUCCAGCAGCAACAGCCUUGCUAUGAGUCGGCGUCACUACCCCCUAAGCCAGCCGUCAACCUCGAGCCUCCGAUCCAAGUCGUCGAAUAGCUCAGGUUCGGUGAUCCGCCUGGCUACUCGACGCGACUCUACAGACCUGCCAUACGUGCUCACUCUAAGAGACACGACAGGCAGUUAUUAA